CGCACUGCAGGUGGCUGUCGCACAAUGAUGACGCGGGAAAUGAAGGUCUCUCCUGUCCCUUGUCCUCUCCUGUCAGUGCAGUGGCAGUGCGGGAGCCGCUAUGUCUGUGCUGCGGGUGUGCGGGGGGAGAGUCCGGCUGCUGCUACCCCGGGCAGCCCCAACCUGUUGCCAGCGGAGGACAGUUGCUGAUGGUGACGGGGGAGUCUCUAACGUCAUCAACAAAGAAUUGGAUAAGUUUCAUAACAAAGUGAGGAACUUCAUGCCCGGCAGUGACUGGAGUCCAUUGAGGUCCACAGACCAUCUACCGCCGGAGCACGCGGAUAUUGUGGUUGUCGGGGGCGGGGUGAUUGGCUGGUCGAUCGCUUACUGGCUGAAGAAGCUGUAUCAGCAGAGGAGAGCGUACAGAGUGGUGGUGGUGGAGAGAGAUCCCACGUACUCUCAUGCCUCCACCGUUCUCUCGGCAGGCGGCAUUCGUCAGCAGUUCUCGCGGCCAGAAAACAUCCAGAUGUCACUCUUUGGAGCACAUUUCCUGCGCAACGUAAACGAAUAUCUGGGUGUUGUCAAUGAGGAGCCCAUAGACAUCCAGUUCAAUCCCUCCGGAUACCUCUUCCUGUCUAGUGAGAAAGGAGUGGAGACCUUGCUGGAAAACUACAGAAUCCAGAGUGACCAAGGAGCCAAAGUUGCACUUCUGUCCCCGGAUCAGCUGAUAAAGAAGUUCCCGUGGAUUAAUACACAGGACGUAGCGCUGGCCUGCUACGGCCUAGAGAAUGAAGGCUGGUUUGAUCCCUGGACUCUACUCUGUGCUCUCCGGAGUAAGGCUCUGUCUAUGGGGGUGGAGCAUUGCCACGGAGAGGUGGUAGGGUUCGACAGCAGCAUAAAUAAAAUGGUGACCAGCGACGGCGAAACGGUGAACCUCAAAACUAUCCAGAAGGUCACUGUAAGAAUGCAGAAUAGUUUGGAAAGCCAGGCGGUGGAAUGUAUGGCCGUCAUUAAUGCCGCCGGAGCCUGGUCCUCUAAGGUGGCGGAGCUUGCCGGGAUUGGCGCCGGGAGUCCUGGAUCAGUAGAAGAAGUUGAGCUUCCUGUAGAGCCUAGGAAGAGAUACAUCUACACGUUCCACUGUCCCAAUGGCCCCGGCGUAGACUGUCCUCUGCUAAUCGACAGCUCAGGGGCGUACUUCAGAAGAGAGGGAUUUGGAGGCAACUAUAUCGGUGGUCUCUCUCCGCCAGAGGAGGAAGAGCCGGAUCCCAGUAACCUGGACGUAGACCACGAUUAUUUCCAGCAGAAGGUCUGGCCGCUCUUGGCUCACAGAGUUCCAGUUUUUGAAUCCUUAAAAGUAAAAUCAGCCUGGGCCGGGUAUUAUGACUACAACACGUACGACCAGAAUGGCGUCAUUGGAAUUCACCCUUCGGUGCAAAACUUAUACUUUGCGUGUGGGUUCAGCGGACAUGGCCUGCAGCACGCACCGGCGGUAGGGCGCGCUGUGGCGGAGCUGCUUAUCUAUGGGUACUUCAAAACUCUAGACCUGGGUGACUUCAACUUCCAGCGUUUCCUCUUCAAACAGCCCCUCCUGGAAAGCAACAUCGUAUGAGGAAGAGAAUUACAGGUGAAGAUGAGACAACACAGACUAUGUCGGGUUAUUCCGGCCAGUACAAAAUAGAAAACCAUUGUCAAACGCAGAACAAACUGGGAGAAAGAAGCAAAUGGGCUCUGACAGGAAUCCCCCAGCGGCAGAUGAAUGUGAUAUAACGUUAUCAAUUACGUAGCAGCACAGGGAAGAAUACCUCACUGACUUCAGAACAAAUUUUUUGUAAUUUUUUUUAUUUUAGUUUUUAAUUAAUUUAAGAGACAAUUUUACACCAAAAUGCACAUUAAAAAAAUCCUUUGCAUAUCAA